GCUAUCUUCGGGCGUGGAAAUAACUAUUAAUAUAAAAAUAUUUUUAAUUCAGUUUCUGAGGAGGUGAAUAUUUUGUUCAUUGGGGACAAACGAGGUUGCAUAUUUAAGUCACCUCUUUAGGAUUGAUUAUAACCUUGCAAAUACAGUAGAUUGCAGUGGAUCUUUGGCUACUUUCCCUGAAUGAGAUGGCUUCAAGCUACCACUGCACUCUAUACUCUUCCUUUGAACACUGUUGAUAUGAUUUGUUUUAAUUUGUAAUCAAGCUGACAUUUACAAUUCCAUAUUGCUACCGUCUUAGUGUUACCUUGACAUCUAGUGGACGGGGUGUAUUUAUUUCAAAGUUCAAACACCAACAAUCCUUCCCUUCCCAUUUCUGAUGUCGACUAUUUAUUGGUUUGGGUGGGGACAUUUUAUGACCAUCACCGGAGUCACCUGACUUCAAGAUUUUCUCUUCAGUUAGUGCACCAUGAAUGUGUCGUCUCCCUCUGCAUAUUCAGUCUCUGCAGCAUCUGCUGCUUUUUUCCAGUCUGUAAAUCCUUGAUUGUAAAAUAGGUAAUCUGCUAAGAAGACUGGGUCUGUCACUGUGCUUUGAUAGUUAAUCCGCUAAGAAGCAGUACCUACCGGUUCUUGAACUUUUGUGAGGCUAGCGCCAUCUCAGAGGUUGUUCUUCACCCCCCUGCUCUCUUUUUAAUUGGUAUUACUGCUGAACGACAUGAAAUGGAAAUAAAACAGGAGGCCAAGGAAGCAAGAACUGACCACAAAGAGGAAUAUGCUCAGCCUCUGAAGAGAGAGAAGUCUGUUGGGAAUGUUGCCAACUUGGUUCAGAGAAUGAGUACCAUUGGUAUCCCAACAGGUGGUUUCCAGCCACGACCAGCUCCCACAAAAAAGCUGAAGAAGAGACGCUGCAAAGUGUUCUUUGAGUAUCAGCCUCAGAAUGAAGAUGAGCUGGAAUUAAAAGUUGGAGAUAUUGUAGACAUCACUGAAGAGGUUGAAGAGGGUUGGUGGAGUGGCGUCAUUAACGGCAAGUCAGGGCUCUUCCCGUCCAACUUUGUCAAAGAGGUGGAGGUAACGAAAGAAGACGGAGACUCAAACGACAGUACGGCAGAUGAGGCUGAAGGACAUGGUGUAGAAAACUCAGCAACCUCAUCUUCGCCCCAACCUGCUUCAGGCAAUGGAGCUAUUGUCCAGCCCAAAAAAAUCCAACGUAUCGGUUAUGGGGAUAUUUUCAAAGAAGGGUCAGUAAAAUCAAUGCUACGAAUCCCCAAUCUGGAUACAGGAGAAAAAAAGGAAAAUCCAAUCCCUUCAUUACCAUCAGUUGCAAAGCCUCCCUUUCCUAACAUGACAGAAUUGCAGAAGGGUGAUGGAGAGAGCAACUACAAAGCUAAAGAAUUAUGUAAGGUCACCUUCCCUUUUGAGGGUUCAAAUGAGGAUGAACUGACUUUGCAUGAGGACGACAUCAUCUCUAUUAUAAGCAAGGACACAGGAGAGCCUGGGUGGUGGCGAGGGGUGGUUGGAAGCAAAGAAGGUGUCUUUCCUGACAACUUUGUUGUCAUGCUGUCAGAGACAGAAGAGGCUUUCAUUUCUAGAGGGUCACGCAAGUCCUCACUGAAGCAAGACUCUGAGGAGAAACCAAAGAAGCCACCUCCACCAUCAAAACACAUAGCUCCCAAACCAGAGGUUCCCAGCGCUGACAAGAAGCCUCAUACUGUCAGGCCAGAGGACAAAGUUGACAAGCCGAUGCCAGAUCCAAAACCAUUCAAGCCUGCUGCACCACUCCCACCCAAAAAGCCAGUCCCACUUCCUGGCAAAGGCAAACAAGGGAGCCUCCCACCAAAGCGGCAAGACAAGCCUCUGACUCCAUCACCAAAUUUAAAACAUAAUGGGGAAGUGCAUACAUCUCGUCCAAAGCCUGACUUGGAGUUAUUACUUCCCCCGAAACCCAAAACACCCUCAGCAGACACAGGGGAGAAAUCCUUUGAAUCACCUCUAAUGAGUUUUGAUGAGGUGUCAUCUACCUCAGAAAAGCUCUCUCAUCCCACUGCGAACAGACCAAAGAUUACUGGCCGGAGGUUGCCCGCCCAAUUUGGUGGAGGACAAUCACCCAAGGAAUUUGUCGUGGAGAAAUUCUUCAAGAUGGAUGAGGAGGAUGGUCCCAAACUCAAGCCUGUAGAACCCAGAAAGCCUUCCCCACACAACCUGUCUCCUUCGCCGUCAUUCCACAAACCCGGUGUCGAGGCCAAACUCAGUCCAGCAGUGCCAAGCUCAAGUUCAGACAGCAGUUCUCAAGGAAGAGAAGAUCCCAAAUCUCAGAUGGAUGAUCUUAGAAGUCAGAUGAAGGAUCUCCUGCUCUCAGUGGAGCUGUUCAAGGCCCAGCAAAUGAAAGAAAUAACAGAGCUGCGUGCAGAGCUGGAUCAGGAAAGACUAAAGCGUGUGGCGCUGCAGGUAGUAUAUGAUCCCCGUAACAACACAUGCUGGGUUGUCUACAUUUAUUACAUGCUUGAGUUUCAGGACAAAUAUUGAUGGAUUCACUAACAUACAAAAACAAGAUAUACACAAUAAAUUAACUUGGAUGACCAUGGUUUAACAUUUGUGGAAUUAACUGUAAUCUAUUCAAAACGUCCUUAAAUCAUGUUACUAAACUCAGCUGAGAUUCUUCUUUGCAAGGCGUAAUGCAGCACCCUUAUAAUUUCUAUGUUAUGGUGCUUUAGAUGCUUUCCAAUAGCAGGAUUCCUCCUCUUUCAUCCCCCAUAGUGGGGCUGAAGAAAAGAGAAUAUAUUAAUGUUGGUCUAACCUUAAAUCUGAGUGUUAUGCAUUCGGUGUCCUCGCAGAUGGAGCUAGAUAAACUGAAGAUGGCUGUCCACUCAACGUGAAGCUGAGCUCAGGGCAUGCUUCGAGGUCCAGCUGCUAGCCUGGCGACCAACGAGAGAGCCAGUUUUGGGUUAUGGCGGCGGAUGAGGAGGACAACCAACAGACAGUUUAAUGGGCAGAGAGAGGGUGCAAUCAUUUUGACAUCUACAAAUUCAAAUCCCCAUGUUUGUAAGAUUAAAAUUUUUGCACAUAUAUUUUGUUUUUAAGCUGGGAUGUAAUUAAAUUACAGAUGUAUAUGAUACUUUUUGUUUGCCAACACAAAAAAACGAGGCCUUACUUAAAACUACUGUGCUGACUUGCAUGUCUUCGUUUCACUCUCUCUUCCCUUCACUCCUGCGAUCAUCAAACGCCUCAUGACGGAAGGUCGCUCUCAGUACUACUGACUAUAUACAAAGCAGGGGAUCCUUGUUUCUACACCUAUGUUUCACUCUUGUUUUUAAGCACAACUUUUCAUAAAAUGUUUUGUUUUCUCUUAAUGUUUUCCAAAUAAUUUCCCUUUCCUCUUAACAAGGCGUCCGCUGUAGCUGUAAUUUAAUUAUUCCUUGCAGCGCCUUUGAGGAAGCUCCCUCUAUAUUUGACCUCUUUUUUUAUGCGUUUUCUAUCAUUCCUAUCCAGGGAAACACUACUGUGCCUGUCAAAAAAAGUUCUAAUUGUUGUUAUGGGAGCUUAACAUUUACCACAACUGUGUCUGAAAAUAUGGCAUCUCGAUAUUGUGCAUGUAUAUUUUUUACACUUUAAUAACAUACUGUUGAGGGCCUCUUCUUUAGUUGUUAACUUUCAAUUUAGACUGGGAAUGUUCUCUGAAAUGUUGCUGCAACCAGCAUGAAAAACUAAAGAGGAAAGAAAUGAACAAUAGAUUGCACCCUUCAUUUCUUAUGUUUUUCUGGCUAGUGCCUAAGCAUGAUAAUAAGAGCUCUUUUUGAUCAUCUCUGCAGCUUGCUUGCUUGUUCUUCUACUCAGACCACCAUUCAAAUCCCAGGUGGUCCAUUCUACCUCUUCCUCUUAUCUAUCCCAUCUUUUGGGUUUCAAAGUGAACAAAAUAAGAUAUGUUGAAGCCUGUUUAUUGCUCAUCAAUUGUUCUUCUCUUUUUGUACAGGAGGUAGGUAUUGGGGCCACACUGAAAAAAUAUGAGGAAAAAAAGUCAGAUUUUCGUAAGGUUGAGAAUGAAGUAAUUUUAGCAAGUGAAAUUUAAAAUACGACUUGAGCCAAAACGAUAGUCUUGAGCCCUGCGACCGCUGUCUUUCGCACCACGAAAUAACAUUUCUUCAAAGCCCUCCUGGUUAGAUGAUAGAACAAACUCAGCCUAUUUGGGUCUUUUUUUCAUAUUCGUAUUUAUGCACCCAAAUAUUAACUAAUUCAUUGUGUUUGGGAAACUAGCAAUAUCCUUAACAGCCACACAUUGUUUCAUCCUUUAUGCCCUUAUAUUAACCCCCCCCCCCCCCCCCCCAUACAAAAUGUGACAGUUGUCAUAAAAUGCGAUGUGUUUUUCUUUAGUGUUUUUAUGUGUGUUUUUUUAAUUUAUUUUUUCAGCAUGGCCCUAAUACGCCUUCAUAUUUUGGGUUCGGGUUCACAUUCCAAGUAUUUGGUUCAAGAAAACUGGAAGAACACAGUAGAAGGUAGCAAUGAGCAAUUUUCUAUGAAAUUCAAAUCCCCGUUCCACAGACAUUUUUGGCAUUUGUAUAAUAAAAUCUACUCUGUUAAGACAAUCCUUCCUGAAUGGCUCUAGAAUUUGAAGUAACAAUCAGCCAGUUUGCAUUGGUCACCACCAGUUUAGUCUGUCAACAAUGAUUAAAUGAAUUAUGCAUGGUAUAUUGAGGUUCAUGGCCCUCAAAAAAAAAAAAAAAAUGCUACAAAAUAAACUUUGUACAGUUGCCCAAGUUUGAAUCCCAAAUUGUUGCAUGUUGUUUCGCACCCAUCCCUUUUUUCCAAAUCUAUGUACAAUCAAUUCCUGCUGAAUUGAUUCUGAUUGGUGCUGUGCCAUACCUUUGAAACACCUCGUGGUGAUGUCACGGAGUACCGAACUUUACCAUCAUUGCACAUUCAACCGUUUGAGUUGCUCAAUGAGCUCUUAGUCAAUGUGACCUCUAACUCUAGAAGAUUCUCUUUGGCCUCAGGUAGUGUUGAACAUGUUAGCAAGCUGCCUGUUCACAAUAUCAGCAUCCUGUGUAAGCGAUAUGCUAUAGAUUAGACAAAGAUCAAUACCAUGACACCACCCCGCAGCUCACUCGAAACACCCCCUUUGGCCUCCUGUAAUGUGUACAACACAUGCAAGUACGGAUUCUUAUCAUAACUUUUGAUUUUAAAUCUUGCCAAUGUCUUACAGAAGUUACUUCCAAAUCAUCCUCAACCGUUUGUGUUUGUGUUGCUGAUCAGCUUGAACACUUAAAAGUGUGAUAUUCAAUUCUCUUUUCUGUUUUCACCUGAAUGCUUUGACAAAGUUGUUGACGUCAAGUCUGACCUUCGAAAAGCAUUACACGCGAGCAUUAUGUCUGUGCCAGACACGUUAUACAAUCUCCCUUUUAGCCUUUCGAUGGCAUGGCUGCUCUAUUUAAUAAUCACAUUGUGGGAAAGAGGGAUCAGGGAUAGCUGUUGAUGUAAUAUCUACUGCGGCUUUACUUUUAUGUACUGUACAUUCCAGCGAUUGACACCAAGAAACGAAGAAAUCUGCACAUUUAUCAUUUGAAUUUCUAAAUAAUUUUGUUUACAAGAGUUGUAUCCUUGCAUGAGCUGAGAUUCUUUUAAAAAAAAUAAAUAUAUUUACUGUCAAAAACA